AUGUCUGCUGUUUUCAAUGCCGAUGUAGCUUCCAAAUCCGCUUCCAAGAAGAAGAGAAAGAACAAGAAGAAGACCAAUGACAAGACCAAGGCCUCGGCCGAUGCUCCUGACGCAAAUGGCGCCCAUGAUGAGCCUGAUGAAGACGGGGAGGACGACGAAAGCGCAAGUCGGAAGCAGUCAAUAGCCGGCCUCGAAGAGGACCAGGACAACUCCACCACCACACAACCACUGCCAGUAAAUGGUUCCGACGAGACACCCAACUCGACCAAUACGCCCGCAAAUACUCAACCCGAUCACGAUGCGCACGCUGAAACUGCUGCGCGACUGGACACGAUUGUCAAGGAACGAGACUCGCUACGCCAUGACUUGGCUGACUUGCGCAAGUCAAUCGAGUCCAUGCAAGAGCAGCAUCAGAAAGAGAGGGAGAGUCUGCAAUCACAAGCUCUCGAAUUCAAGGAUGCCAAAGAAAGUGGUCAGGUUCAGGGCUUGCGCGCUAAGAUGGACUCCAUGCAAGAGAAGCAUGACCAGGAACUCGACCAACUUAAGAAGCAGUCCGAAGACGCUCAGACACAAAAGGACAAUGCCGAGGUGACAGAAUUGCGGAAUACCAUCACAACCAUGCAGGAUAAUCACAGCAAAGAACUCCGAGACCUCAAGGAUCAGGCACAACAGGCACAGACUACCAAGGACAACGCAGAAGUCGCCGAGUUGCGCCAAUCACUUGCUUCGCAGCAAGAGAAGCAUGCAAAAGAGAUCGGGACUCUGAAGAAACAAGCAGAAGAGGCUCAGGCCGCCAAGGACAAUUCGGCAAUCACAGACUUGCGUCGAACACUGGAGAACCUGAAGAGAGAACACCAACAGGAGCUCGAGACCCGCGAGAAACAACUACAAGAACGAGACAACUCGGAAGUCUCAGAGCUGCGUAAAUCGCUGGAGUCUAUGCGAGAGGAACACCAUAAGGAGGUUGAACAGCUCAAGAAACAAGCCCAAGAAGCACAAUCUGGAAAGGAAUCAUCUGACAGCGAAGAAACGGAGCAACUCAGGACACAACUACAAGAAACGCAAAAAGGAAAGGAGAAUGCAGAGAGCGCAUACCGUACACUUCUGGGCAAGGUCAACACCAUCAAGUCGCAAUUAGGAGAACGUCUGAAGGCCGAUGCCGAAGAGCUUUCCAAAGCUCGCGCCGAGAUCGAAGAGCUUCAAGAGGAGAGCAGAUCCGCUCGCGAGCGCAAAGAAGAGCUUCAAGCCACCAUCGACCAGCUUGAAACUCAGCGACAGGAGCACCAAAGCGAGAUCGAAUCACUCCGAAGCCGUACCAAUGUCAGUCAAUCGAACUGGGUCAAGGAGCGCGAUGAGUUGAUCAGCAGAGAGGCGUACGCUCGUGAAGAGUUUGAAAAUGCUCGACAGGCCAUGCAGGACUGGGAGGUUUUGGCCAUGGAAGAGAGAUCCUUACGUGAAUCUCUUAGCGAGCGUGUCAUCGAGAUUGAAGAGCAACUCAACGCUCGACAGGAAGCAUACGAGCGUGCUGCGAGCGAAAGAGACACUCAAAACUCCACCGUUGAAUCUCUCCAACGGGCUCUGCAAGAAAUCCAGGAUGCACGUAAGAAGGAGUUGCGCGAAAUGGUCGAAAAUUCACAAGCCCAGCUUGAUGCUCUUCGUUCCCAAGCGGACGAAGCCAAGGCCUCGGCUGCAUCAUCAGCCGAAGAGCUUGAGAAGUUGCGGAAGGAGCUCGAGCGUGCCCUUCCCUUCGAAAAGGAAGUCAAAGAGAAGAACCUGCUGAUCGGGAAACUACGACACGAAGCCGUCAUUCUCAACGACCAUCUCACGAAAGCUUUGCGGUUCUUGAAACGUGGCAAGCCGGAAGACAAUGUUGAUCGUCAUAUCGUGACCAACCACUUCCUGCACUUCUUGAUCUUGGAUCGUAGUGAUCCGAAGAAAUUCCAAGUACUGCAAUUGAUUGCCGCAUUACUUGGUUGGACCGAAGAACAAAGAGAACAAGCAGGAUUGGCAAGACCGGGUGCAUCAAAUUCCAUGCUCAAGAUCCCACUAUCUCCAUUCCGCCGCACACCGUCAACACCCUCGUUAUCCGACUCUACUUUCGACAACCACCAAGGAGGCAGCAAAGAAUCACUCGCAGAGCUAUGGUCUGACUUCCUGGAGAGAGAAGCUCAAGAAGGAGGCAUGCAUAGCAGUCGCAGUGGCAGUUUCGCCAUGAUGUCUCCGACUCAAGAGAGGCCUGCAUCUUCUGGAGGUCUGGGCUUGAGCAGUCCCAGACCGAACUAA